AUGGCUAUACAUCCACUCGGACUAUCGUUUAUGAUCUCGUCAACGAAGGCUUUGUACCUGUGCAAUGCGAAGCAUCAGAAAAUUGCUUUAAUUGGAUAUUGGAAGCAGCCAGCUAAAACACAACUUCCAGAUGCGGAAGCGACAACUGAGAUCACCACCAUGGGAUCGACAAGUCAAGCGAUCAAUCCAACCACAGUGACUGGUGCUGAAACUAGCGCUACAAUCGAGACUAAGACUUCACAAGGUUCAUCUCAGUCUUCACUUCAGUUUUCAUCAACACCAACUGAAGGUUCCAGUGAGACGUCUAAAGGUCGCCUGAGUCCAACCCCAUCAACUCCAACUGUGGAUCAGAUAAUUUAA